AAACAAGUUUUAUGUCUGGUCAGACUCGCCUCACUAGCCAGCUCGCAUGGCGGACAGAAAGUUGCCGACUUAUUCAAAACAAAUAUAUUUUUAAAACUGUUACCGUGUUGUCGAGUGGAUCAAAUCUGUUUCGUGAUAAUUCAAUAAAGUUUCAGUGCACGCCAAAACAUCAACAUGGAACUAAAUAAAGCUGGCGAUCCUGUCCCGGAUAAAUCACCAAACAGCAGUACAACUUUACUUGAAAAAAUCAAAACAUUGCUGAACUUUUUCACCGUCGAACCGUUUCUUUUGUUUUUUAUACUUCCCAAUAUUAUAUCUGCGUUGGCGGUCCAAAAACUGAACAUGGAGAAGGCAUGUCGCGUGGACCUUAAUUACACUGCAGAAAUAUGUGCGAAAGCUAUAUCAGGGGAGAGUGAUGAUAACAUAACCACUGGUGCUUUGGAUGCAGCCCAGGUGAUGGUAGCCGACAUGACGGCCUGGAGGCAGCCGCUUCAGAGCGGUCUCCCAGCCAUCGUCAUCUUGUUCGUGGGAGCCUGGAGUGACAAGACUGGGAACCGGAAAGCCUUGAUGCUCAUACCACUCAUCGGCGAACUUAUCACUGCUGUUGGAUUAAUUUUAACAACUUACUACUUUGAUGAAUGGCCUCUUUGGAUAACUGGAUUGAUUGAAGGUCUACCGCCGGCAAUGACCGGGGGAUUGUCGAUUGCUUUAAUGGGUUCAUUCAGCUACAUAUCAGACGUGACUACCGUGGAGUCCAGAACCCUGAGGCUCGGUAUUGUUGGAGUUAUCGUGACGUUGGGGGUCCCUCUCGGGUCUGCCAUCAGUGGAGUAUUAACGGAUGCUGUCGGAUACUACGGGAUCUUUGUCAUCGGGAUGGUCUUCAAUAUCGUUGGAUUCAUUCACACUUACUUCAGGAUACAUGACGUCAGAAGUACUGAGUCGGAAGGAUCAAAUAUUGAGAAAUUAAUAGCAUUCUUCCAUCCUAAAAAUGUUAUUCAUACACUGUCUUUGUUAUUUAGAGGAAGAAAAAUACAAGUUAUUCAAGUAUUACUUGUUAUUUGUGCGCAUAUUGUUAUCGUGGGUCCUGUGUUUGGUGAAGGAGCAAUAUUGUUCCUGUAUACUUUGAAAAAAUACAGCAUGGAUGUUGUAGAGUUCAGUUUAUUUACCACCUAUUCUGUACUUAUGGGUAUUGCCGGCACAACAAUAGCUGUGACGAUCUUCAGCAAACUCUUCAAAAUGCACGACUCUUUACUCGGCAUCAUAGCAACGUUCUGCAAGGUGGCGUCGAGCUUCGUGUACGGGCUGGCUCCGACCAAGGGCUGGUUCUACUCCGGGCCAGUGUUCGACUUCUUCGGCAAUUCGGGGGUCACCGCCAUCAGGUCGUUGGGAACUAAAGUGGUCGAGCCAGAUCAAGUGGGAAAAAUGUGUUCGCUAAUAGGCUUCGUGGAAGCGGUGGUGCCUGUGAUCUACACCCCGCUGUACAGCAAGGUCUACUCCAAGACUCUGGAGUCCUUCCCUGGAGCCUUCUACAUCCUGGGCGGCGCUAUGACUAUACCCGCCUUCUUCAUUUUCAUUAUCCUGUACAUAGUGUACAGGAGGCAACAGAGAGACGUGGUCACGGACCCGGCGGCGAAGGAACGACACGCUCACGACAACGAUGUUACUUCACUAUAGACAAUGAAUAUUGUACGGCUGAAAUUGUACUUGCUUCACGACAUUCUGAACACCUUUCAUUAAGACGCUAUAUACAUAGAACAAAAAUGCAGCAAUUUUUUUGAGAAAACUGUUUCAAAGUUCAGAGCCCUUAGCAUAAAUUUUGAUCGUAAACGUGAAGUAAAAUUCAUCGAGUAAUUUUGUAUAAAAAUAUGAACAGCGCCCCUGGCGGUCGGUAGCAGAACUAAAAUUUUCCUACAAAAUUCAUCGAGUAAUUUUACUUCACGUUCACGAUGGAAAUUUAUGCUACGGGCUCUGACGGUAGUUCUGAUUUUGUUCUAUUAUUUAUAGCGCCUUAUGGGACCAUCUCGGAAAUCGAGGUAAAUAACAAAUUACUAUCUCAGCUGUGAAGCCUUACUGCAUGCCGGCCAAAAGUCUUGCGAAAUGUUAUAAGUUUGUUGAUAACUUACUUUGAUAAUAUUUUAAAUACACUCGAGCAAUUAAAAAAUCCAGUGACAUUUAUAUGUAGGUUACCUAUUGGAUGGAACUUUUUCAUUGCUCGCGAGUGUGUAAUAUUAGAUAUAUGUAUACCUAGGUGAUUAAUUAUUUUUAAGGUUUUAUUGAAUUCCAUAUAUGUUUUUGUUAUUUUACUUAAAUUUGAAACAAGUAAGAAGUAAGUUAAGUUAGGAAUUUAGGAAAGAAAAAAUAUAUAAAGUGCCAUAAUGUUUUAAA